GCCGCCUCGGCUCGAGAGCUGGCCUGGGCCUCGGGCGGUGAGGGCUCGGCCCGCGGGGCCUCGCGCCACGGGGAGAGGUACGCCCUCCGCGGGCCCCCCCGCGGCGCUCCGCGCGGGGCGAUGGCGCCCGCGGCGCGGCGCGGGGCGCGCGCCCUGGCGCUGGCCUCCGUGGUCCUGGGCGUGGUCCGCGCAGAUGCAGGCCUCAAGGAUGCAGAGGUCGUCACUGACACGGACAUCUCGGCCGAGGCCGUCGAGGCCAUGGCGGAGGGCGAGGAGGUCGACCACGGCGCCACUGGCGCCAAGACGCAGGGCUCCGGCACGGGGCCCUACGGCCUCAUCCCCGGGGACUACGAUGCGGAGGCCCCCCCGCUGGUCCAGGUCGGCGACAUGCUCCCGGCGCGCUCCACGGUGUUGAUUGGCGUAAAGUUGAGGAAGAUCAUGAGUGUCAACAGAGAUGCUGGGGUGGUGACGCUGAGCGCGUGGCUGAGGCUGUACUGGUACGACCCCCGCUUGUCUUUCAACGGCACCGCGAUGUUUCCGAAUAGGAGAAGCUCCGACCCUACCUCGGCCGAGCUGGACCUGCCCUGGACCAGCAGCGGGCGCAGCCACGUAAGCUUGGACCCGGAGAACGUCUGGAAGCCAGACGUCUUCCUGAGGGAGAAGGUCGAUGCUUUCGUCGAGUCCUGCAGCGAGGAGCCUGCGCUGCUCUUCGACGACACGUUCACGCUGAAGCGCGCCGAUCAGAUGGGGCAGACGUUCAACGUCUACUGGGGCCGUGCAUGUGUGCUCGCGGUGCAGUGCAAGCUGGACUUCGCCAACUUCCCGUAUGACGAAAACAGCUGCAGCCUUACGUUCCAGCCGUGGUCCGAGACCAUGUACAGACUCAAGCCCGCCCCUGCAGUACUUUGUUCUGCGGACUUGCCCACACAGCAGUACGAAGUCACCAUAGAGAAUGUCAACGGCACUCUGAUGCACGUGAAGGAGUUUUUGCCUGGCGGUGGCGAUUACGGCACCUUCGACGCUGUCAGGUGGAUCAUCACGCUCAAAAGGCAUCCCAGCUUUUACGUCGUGAGCUGCAUCCAGCCGACAAUUGCGCUAGUCUUCCUAUCAUGGCUGACAUUCUUCGUGCCGCUGAACUCGAGCGAUCGACUCUCCUAUGCCGUCACCCUCACUCUCACGGCGAUGGCUACAGCGUUGCUGACGACUGACAAGCGCCCUCCCGACAAAGGCAACAUGUGGAUCGACCGGUUCCAGACCACCGCCUUCAUCGCGAUCAACAUUCCUAUCGUAGAGACGGUGCUUCUCUUGCGGCUCCACUCCAUGCACAAGCAGGGCCUGGGCAGCAGUAUGAACGACAACCUGGUUGCUUUGGACAGGGUCUUCCGCGUGGUUUACGUGGUCUGGGCGAUCGCUUGGCUCGCGGGCAUGUUCCUGCCGGGCAGCCCGUGGGCCACAGAUGCGCCCGACAGGUGGUACUCCGACGCCUGCGUGAUGAUGGCCCUAUUCUGGCUGCCCAUGGCCGUCGUGCUCACGCUGGUAUCGGUCCGGAACCUGAUGCUGUUUCAGCGAGAGGAGGGCAGCCAGUUGCGCGACGCCCUGUCGGGUGCCCUCCUGGACCACUACGACGGGCCCGAGAGGAAGCGCGCCCCCUACAGCACCGACGAGGAGGACGGCACCUCUCUGGAGUCGUGGCAUUCUUCCAGAUGACGCGCGCAGUCUCACACUUGGCCCUGCCAGGCUGAACUUCAGCCUCAACCUCCUGUUCCUCCGCCCUCCUUGUCUCGCACCUUUCCCUGUUUCCCCCCUCUCGACCCCGUUUGUCGUCAUUCUCAUGCGCUGGCGUUGCGGUCGAGAUUGGCCGCGCUCGUGGAUUGCCGAAUACGCCUGGGCCGCUCUCGACGUGCCGAGCAAGCCACCAGCGAAUUCCCA